CCCAUCCCUCCCUCCCUCCCUCCAAAGCCCGGACUGAGGAGAGAGGCGUGACGGAGCGAGCUGGGAGAAGAAGGGAUUUCACUGACAAAGAUCAAAUUAAAACAGACUUUCUGUCAUUUUUAAAGCUUUUUUUUUCUUUUUGAAUUAAAAAAAAGCUGUGGUGCGCAUCUGCACCACAGCUUUUUAUUAUUAUUUUUUUAUUUAUCCACUUUGUGAGGAAAGGAGGAAGAAGAUAAAUAAAGAAGUGUGUCUUUAUCGCUUUCAUUUGGGACUUUUCCCAAACUGACUUCUUCUUUUUUUGAUUUUUAUUUUUAUUUACUUCAACUAUGGAUGUUUUGGCGAAUUACAGUAUUUUCCAGGAACUCCAACUCGUUCAUGACACUGGUUAUUUCUCCGCGAUGCCUUCCCUGGAGGAGAACUGGCAGCAGCAGGUGUUUCUCUCGAUCUGACCACCUGGCCUUGCACAUGAAGAGGCACAUCUGAGGGCAGGAAGGACGAGUGGGAAGGCGGGAGUAAAGAGGCGGAGUCAAAGGACAGAGGGACGGGUAGUCAUGCUACAAAAUGCUCAUCUCUUCUAAAAAAAAACGGUUGCACUCAGUGACCAACGGAGAGGAGCGGAGGAGGGAAACGAGGAGUAGCUAGAUUGUUGUUUCUUUAAAACGACACCUUCACAUUUGCAAUAGUCGACACUUCACACAUCAUCCCGGUGAACCCCGGCUGCUCUCAUGCAGCUCGUGGGCUUUGGACACUGCCAAUCCACACACAUAGUUUGAUGAAACGUUGUUUUUCUUUCUCUGUAUUCAGUCUUACAUUAUCGAGUCAUUUUGGUGAGGAGGUGUGGGAAACACGUUAAAUAUCAAUUUAGUCAACUCUUAGUGUUUUGCGGUGCUUUUAAAUACUCAACAUUUUUCCUAA